UCCAAUGAAAAGCAGACGGAGUGACGCGAAACCAAAGUGCUCAAAAAAGUUCGGAAACUUAUCGGGAAACAAAUUAAACUCCGUAACGAUUGAUCUCACUCCUGUGUCUAGCUUUUAGUCUUAAAUUCUUGCAGUUAAAUCUUUCGAGUAGACGAGCAGUGCGAAUCCAGCGAGGCUUUUUCAGUCAUGUCCCCGUCGGUUUCAAGUGUGUUUACAAGUACUUGUGGAUUUUUCCCUCUCGGAUCGCGGCAUGGUGCUGCAUUUAAUUCGACGCGUCAGCAUUAUUGGAAGAUAAAAAUGCCAUCGGUGGAGUUAUCUUCCCGGCGAUGUGAAUAGGCUGGCAGUCGGCGAUGGAGUGAGCUUGUAGCGCGAGUAAGUACGCAGAGACUCGGUGUUGGCUGUUUGCUGGCGGACCAGUAUGGCGACUACCGGUGAGGAAAGUGGACGACCUGAUGUAAACAUUCCUCAAUGGAAGAGGGAGUUGAUCCUACGAAAGCGGGCCAGUGGCCGGGCCCUUGCUCCUCCACCUCAGUCCUCCGGGUUAUCAGCAGCGAGAACGAACGUCUGCCUCCGCGGCGGUUAUCGAGGUAGGGGCCAAGCCACUAUCUCCUCGUCUAAGUUUGUUUCCUCGCGCAGUUUCGACUCGGUCAGCAUCCCUAGUCGCAGCUCCUUGCGACCGACUCAACCUCACGCGAAUUUUCAUGAAGUUUCCAAAAGCACGAUGAGGAUUCUCGACGAGUGCACCGGUGACAUCAUGGUGAACAGGAACAGUGGAGUGAUCAGUGAUGUGCGCUGUGAAUUCGUGUGUAGGACCAGUGAUAAGAAAUUCAGCAAAAAUUCCAAUGGAUUACCUGUCCCCAAGCUCAGGUCUGUGCCCAAGAGACCGAGCAUGCUCAGGAGCCGCUCUGUUUGCAGCGGGGCUCAAGUCAAGAACCUCAGCGACAAUGUGGAUUCGCACUCCGACUCGAGCGAGGAGUUCCAGUACGGCCCAGGUAUCGUCAACAAAUUGAAAACUAAAUAUUUGAGCAUGACGUUGCGUGAAAACCAGAAGUAUGGAGUCCGACCGUCGCUGAAUAAUCUGAGGCGAGCAACAAGCUUGGAAAAUAUGCUGGACGAAGAGGCGCCCCCACCUAAGACUGUAAAUAAUCUAAAAUGUUUCAAUAAAUACUCUAAAUCUUCGAAUCCUUCUAGUAAGAAUUGCUACAAGAGUACUGCAAAUUCCAUGACACGUAAUGAUAGUCUGAAGCGUGCUCAAUCUAUGGAAACCCUGGUGCAUGCGGAUACUAAUGGCAGUGAAAUGCGUGAUAUCAAAACCACUCCAUUAUUGAACGACAAGUGUCACGAAUUAAACGGCACUAAAGAUCUUGUUAUCCUUGAAAAGGUUCCACAAAUUGAGAAUGGUAUUGACAACCCUCCUCUUGAAAAAACGGAGCUUCCCCCUCCAGAUGUGGUGAAACAAACAGUCAAAUUGUUCGAGCCCACUUCAACUGAUAAGAAGCCAGCGAAAUUGAAAAUCAACAAAGUCGCCAAGCCCAGUGAAGUGGUCCAGUCUAACAGUGUAUCAAGCCCUGCUGCUAUUAGUAAACAAAUUAUGAAAGGUGAAAAGCCUGUACCUCUCUCUAAACCAAAUCUUUCUCCGAAGCCUAGUCCAGAAAAAUUACAUCAAAAUCAGUUGCGUAAGUUCACUCCCCCUCCAAAAAUAACAAAUUCAAAUCACGUGAAUAGAUCUAAUAUCCAUACUUCAACAUUAAAAUUCAUUCCAACUAAUCCUAUGGUUUCAAAACCUGUCUUGAAAUCACCUGUAAAUAUUCCUGAAAUUAAUGAUGAAACUGUGACGGUCAAACCAUCUGAAUCAGUUUCAUCAAAGUGCACUGAUGAUGAAGAUGAGUCUUCCACUGAUGAGAGCCAUGAAAGACUGAGUCCAGACAAAGUAGUCUCAAAGGACGCCUUAGAGAAUAUUCGAAAAGGAGGUACCUCUCUUUGUUUCAAAUUCAAAGAAAAUGACAAAGACUCCAAUAACUCGCCUAAAUCUUACCUUCCAGCAUCACCUAGUGAGCCGCAAAAAGAAGUGCCAACCGUUAUUGUUUCGCCUCAGCCAACAUCCCCCGUUUCGCCCCCGAAAAUUCAGAAUGAUGUAUCACCAGAAUCAAAAGUUAGUCCCGUCAACAGUACCCCUGUUACUCACAUGAAACAAGUUGGAGUGAUUCGGCCCAUUGUCUCUAGUCGACAGAUAAAUUUACCAAAUAAUAUGAAACAAAAUCACUUAACAAGUCAAGAAAAAGAGAAAAAUCUUAUCAACGAGGUGAAGUCUAUAGAACAACCAGUGAGCAAGGUUGUUGUCGCGUUCAAAACGUUGCCGAGUCGUGUAUCUAAUACUGUUCCGGUUGAAAUCAGUGCACAUCCUCGGGGAUGUAAUAGUGUUAGCUCUGAUCCCAGUGAAAAUGAGCUGAAAUCAGGUGGAUUAUGGGAGAAAAAACCAUGGCAUCAUCAACAAAACACUGUCGUGUUCAACUUUAGUGAUAGGAAGGAUGUACCUGACUACAUUGAAAAUGACGGACUCAUUAUGCGAUCUAACAGAGAUCGGCCAGUGUUGGGCGGCCCUCACGAGACGGGGAUCAUCUACCUGGGACGGCGGCGGGCCAGCAGCGAGGAGUCGUCGACGGACAACGAGAUCGAAAACGACAACGAAAACGAGUCGGACGCCUUCGCUUGCGAGGAAGUCACCAGGUGCAGCGUCACCUUCAUCGGAGACAACGUCCUCAUCAACGGCAAAUCUAACCUCAAAAAACACGCCAAAAGAGAAAAACUUCGUAUCCAGUUCAAGGAUGAAACGACCACCUACGAGUACGUCUCUGAAUCAUCUCUGCUGGAAGACCUCAGCCCAAGUCCCAUUCCAACCUGUGGCCAGUCCUCUCCCAGCGUUCCGUCCGUCAUAGGUAAUGUCAGUAGUUUAUCCAGCUAUACUCCAAGUAAAGCACAGUUAGGGAAUCAAGACUUUCAGCUCGGCGUCACGAGAGCAUCCUCGGCCGUCCACUCGACUGUAAAUGUACCAUCAUCACCCGCUCAAUCUGACCAAAGCAAAACCGAAAGUGACUACUUGAAACCGGCGGAGGACAAUGAGACCCUAACCUGGAGCGAAGGACAGUCGGCAGACUUACUCUUCUAAACAUUCCGAAUUUUCGACCCAUUCCAUUUCAUUGUCAUUCCGAUUGUGUUCGACUGUACUCAUUAAAAAAUCUAUGCUUUAAUGUCUUGCCAUCAACUAAUAAUUGUUUUGUACAAAGUAUAUUUUUGUAAUUUUCGAUACUGAAAAUUGUUGAAAUGACCGCAUAAAAUUCAACAGUUUCAAGUGCGAUCGAGUAUGCACUGAUACAAAGACUCUAGAGCUAAGACUCAACGGAGGGGGGAAAAAACGUGAAUACUCAGCUAAGUGAGAAAAUAAUUCAAAAUAGAGUUCCUGGAGGUAUAUUAUUUUUUAUUUAUUUUGUUGGAAGAUUUAAAAUCGCAUUUUUGCAUUUGGUCACACAUUUUCAUCAAGAGAAGAAGUUUUUAUCAAUUUCACCUUUCAAAAUUAACUCUAAAUUCGUAUUACUGGUACUUUCCUUCUCCCAAAUUCGAUAUAAAUUAAAAUGUAAAAUACCCUUAAGAAUGUUUCCCACCCUUGUAAGUAAGUGGGUAAAUUAACAUUAUAACCAGCAAAUGACUAUUAAAUGUAUCCUGUUAAGAGUGAAUUCAGCUCUGUCAUUUGCAUAACCAACAUUGCAAGGAUUCAUUGCAUAGAUCAUCUUUCAUCUAGUGAAUUUCACUGCCAUGUGUAAUAGACCCCUCAAUAACAUUGUGCCUGUGUACCGUCUUUGCUACCUUCCUCAUUUUAUUUGAGGGUGUAAGGCACCUCUUAUUUGUGCACUGGAAACUUUUCCCAAAUCUUUUUGCAAAACUGAUAACCGAAGUUAAACAAAAAACAGAAAUAAAAAGUUCUAAUGCAUUUUAGAAAUUGAAAAAGUUGGCAUGAAAAGAAACAGCAGUACCAAAAUUAGUCAUUUAGUCUUCAGGCGUGGAGAAAUUAAAUGGUUGUAAGAAAUGGGGAUACUUCGAUUUUCAUUGUCUAGGGAAAAGUAAAAGAAAAGUUAAGGAAUUUUGAAGAGAACUGUUGAACUGGACUGUCAGUGAAGAUUAAUAUUUCGAGUGAGUGAUGAAAAUUUCAAUAAAAAUCGGCUAAUUAUCCUUUAAAGAAAAAUAAAACAUGAGCGGAGACUUAGUACACUGCAAUCCCAAGCAUACAUUUUUAUACUCCGAUUAGUGAUGUGUAUGUCAUGCAAAUACGUCCCUCUGAGAACUUUGUGUAUGCGUAACCUUCUCGCCACAAUCAUUUUUAAAUUCAUUUCCAGAAAGCAUUAUGAAUGUUAGAGAUUUAAUAAUGGCUUGAAUGGGAUAUGGCUUAUGCCAAUGUUAAGAUGACUUUUCUUUCUUUUUUUUAUCCACAAAAAGAUCUUUAAGUUGAAAGUUGCAUCAGAAGUGCUGAAGAGAGAAUUUUUACAGAAAAUUUUGUAAUUACUUGCUUGAUUCAAACAGUGUCUAUUGGUCUAUUGCCCUCAUGUUGGCACACUCUCUCGUUGCUUUGUGUGGAAUUACUGUAAGAGUAAAUAAUCUAAUUGCAGGUGUGUGUCUAGUCUAUCACUAUACUUCCUCUCUUUUUACAGUAAAUUCCUGAAAAAGUAAUCAUCGAAAAAGGAGGCUGGAUUCCUUUGCUUUAAAAAAUUGAUCUGUAUUUUCAAAAUUUAAAUUAUUUGAAUAAUUCUUUUCCGAGGUUAUCUCAUUUGUUGAACUGCUUUUUUUCAGCAAUGAUCAAAUGAAAGAAAAUCAUGUCGAGGUAAUAAUUAUGUUUGUAAUUGAAUGAAAUUCAAAUCUGAAAACCCAUAAUGACUAAACUUUCAGCUGCUGUUAAAAAAUAAAAAUUUCUGCCCUCCUCAUAAUUUUUUUUUUUUUUUUUCUAUUUUUAAUAUAAAAAAUGUAGAAAGAGUGAUUGCCUCAAGUCAAUGUGAUUGUUGUGAUGCUUUGAAAGUCAGCUGCAUUUUCGAAAAUGUUUUUCCUCAAUAAAAAUGUAUGAUCUCAAUCUCGGAAACUUUUUUAGAAAUUGCUCAAUCGCGUGUGCAUUAUUUUUUAGGAGCUUUUUAUAUGCUUUGACUAGCUUCCUUUAAUUUUUAUUCUCAAGCAUCAUUGAAUUGCUCGAAUUUUUAAAUUCUUAACUCUUUCUUCCUGCAAUUUGAGAGAAACAAUUUUUUUCUAUUCAUAUUUGUGAAAUUUGAAAUAAGCUUACAACAACUAUGAUAACACCCAAGUGUCUUUGGCUCAUUGAGAUUUUUCUAAUUAUUUUUUUUUUUUUGCAUUAAUGGCAUAGAUUCAUGCAAUAUUUAUUGAUAGUUUUCACAAGUAGAUAUCUCCUUAAUAUUUGUGUGUGUUUGCUUUGAUAAGUUUCCCUCAGAAUAGUAUGAAAGAAAUCUUUGUCCCUCUGUCCAAAAUUAUCAUUAACAGAGAUCAUAAUCACUACUCUGACAGCUAAUACAGGAUGAUUCAAAAGUCCCGCAUCACCCUUAAAAACCCUUAUUCUUAUCCCUUUAAAAUUUUAGGAGGGACCCAAAGGGUUAUCUUUGACGUAAGAGCACUCACAAAAUUUCAAGUCUUAAUGUCAAUUUAUUCAAAAAUUACAGCAGUGAUGCAUGGUGCUGAUAUUGCAGGACUUUUGGAUCACCUUGUAUGUACUUCACUGUAAGGCGAAUAAGAUUGACCAUUCUCGAUUCCUGAAUGUCUGUGCUCUUAUUAUUAUGUAUUGUAAUCAUCUUGUUUUAUUAAAAACUUUUGGGCCUACUCAAUAAAAAUAUGAAACGAAAGGUUUUGCCUUUAACUGAAGCUAAAUUCGCCCUCCUGUCGUACAUUUAAAAAACAUAUUUCUCAAAAGUACCCAUUGGUACCGAUAUUGCGCGUAGCUUUUGCUCAAGAAAA